UGAAUUCUGACCGAAAUUUCCGAAAUCUUUGGCAUAAUGGAAAGCACCUUUAGACUAUAGCAACGUCAUUUUGCUCAGUUGUGGUUGACUGCUCUUGUAACAAAAUAGCGAUAACCAUUCCAGACGAUAAAGGUUUGACUUGAACCCACCACAUGGACAUGUAGGAGCUCUGCAAUGUCUGACACUUCUGAGUAGCUAUAGUAUCUGCUUUCCUUUUCCUUGUGGCAGUUUUCGUCUUAACAGUAGAUUGGGAACUUUUGUUUUGUUUUGAUGAUCAAAGCCGCAAAAUUUUAUGCUAUGCUGUCCUCGAUCGGAAUAUGUUAAAUGAUCCGUCUUCAUGCAAAGUUACACGUCUGGAUCGCGUGACAUUCCAAUAUCAAGUAACAUAAAAAAAGGCAAACAAAGGUGCUGAGAACACUUCAAGGACGUCUUGAAAUUGUUUGCAUAGUCAUUCCCGACAAAAAGAUACUUUUGGUACUUGAUCCUAAGAACUAUUCUAAACGAUAGCCAUGUUUGAAGAACUGGCAUGGUUUAUCUUGGCUGUAAUCCUUGUUACAUUGAUCGUCAAUCACUUCACUGCAAACAGAAAUCUACCCUCAGGGCCUUUUCCUUUACCGAUUAUUGGAAAUGCGCACAAAGUAUCUCCCGAUUCACGCCAUGUUGACCUAACGACGCUGGAAAAACAAUAUGGCAAAGUCUUUCGUCUGUAUCUUGGAAGCCAGCUUGCAGUGGUGGUUAGUGGGAGAAAGGCUCUCAGGGAAGCUCUAGUUACAAAGUCGGCAGAAUUCGCUGGACGUCCUAAUCUCUAUACCGCAACCUAUUACUCGGAUAAUGGAAAGGCGGUUGCAUUCGCGGAUUAUUCUCUAGAGUGGAAACUACAUCGCAAGAUUGUGGUCUCAGCGCUCAGGAUAUACAACACUGGUGUGCUAAAACAAGGGUCCACCAUCAGUGACGAAUUCGAUCUCCUCUUGAAACGAGUCCAUUCGAAAAAUGGCCAACCUCACGACAUCACCAAAGAGAUUCGGCUGGCUGUGACGAAUGUGAUUUGCAAUUUGGUGUUCGGUUCGAGGUACGAGCUAGAUGACCCCGAGUUUACAGCGCUUCUGAAAAUCCAUAACGGAAUUUGGAAGAUGCUUGCGAGUGGAAGCGUGGUGGAUGCAUUUCCUUGGCUGAAGUUUCUUCCAUUCAAGUCCAUCCUGAAUUUUAAAGAGAAAUGCAAGGAACGAGACGAGCUGUUUGGAAGGAUUUAUCGAGAACACGUGGACGCCAAUAGAAUUGAUGAUCCUCAAGAUUUGACAGACGCCUUGUUGAAGGCAAAGAAAGAGGCUGAAGACGAGGAUUCCUCCAUCAAAGGAUUCCUGACAGAUCAGCAUCUCAUUAUGACCAUGAGUGAGGUCUUCAUAGGUGGGAUGGAAACCACUGCAAGUACGAUGUGUUGGGCGCUGUUGUACCUGAUUCAUAACCCGCACGUCCAGGAGAUGCUGCAUCAAGAGCUGGAUCGAGUUAUUGGCCCUCACCGUUUACCAGGACUUGAGGACAAAGAGAACCUGCCCUAUCUAGAAGCUGCUAUAACUGAGACUCUCCGAAUCUCUUCUGUUGGCGCUUUCGCACCUCAUAAAACAACAGUCGACACGACUUUGCAGGGAUAUCAUAUUCCGACGAACACCACAGUGUUUGCCAACUUAUGGUCCCUCCACCACGACCCAGAAAUUUGGGAUGAUCCAAACGAAUUCAGACCAACAAGGUUCCUGGAUGAGGAAGGUAAUUUUCUGCCUCCAAAACCUGACCAAUUCCUCCCGUUCUCGGCGGGGCGUCGAGGUUGUUUAGGGGAGUCUUUGGCACGAAUUCAGGUCUUCCUAGUCUUAGCACGUUUGCUGCAUAGCUUCAAGUUCAAGAAUCCACCAGGAUCCGAUCCUCCAAGUUUAGAACCCAUCACAGGUCUUGCGUUGAUGCCACGGCCGUUCAGCGUUUGUGCUCUCAACAGACAUUCUCUUUGAAUUCUCUUGUGUAAUGGGUGACUUUCGAUGCCUUUUGUGAGCAUUGUCUAAGAGCAAGAGAGAACAGACUGAAAUGACGAGAGAACAUUGGUGGCAAUCAACAGUGUAUCGCAUAGUUUUGACAUUUUGUCUCUAAGCUAAGCGUCUAGUUCGCAACGACAUACUAUAUACGACUUAUCUUAUCAUGUAACAUGCCGGUCGACUUUCUUCGUGAUAUUGGACUUCAACAACAACAACAACAACAACAACAAUUUUAUUUGUACUCAGCUAGAAAUUAGAAAUUAGAUGAACAAAAAACAAGUUAAAUUAAAAAGAGUACAUGGCUCCCCGAAAUAACCUUAGUGGCCUAAUAAGGCUGGGCAGCCAUCCUUAAUGAUUUACAGUGAUUAUUAAUUUGGGUCAAAUAAGAAGAGAAAAUAAGAAAAAGACAUCCAGGAGCACACACAACACACACAACAAAGACUAAUAAUACAUAGAGAUUUAGUGAAAAAUAGUCGGAUCAUACAGUGUACUAGUAACAUACACAGUUACAGACAUUCAAUAUGUACUAAUAGCUUGCAACAAUAUUUGAUUUGAUCUUUUUAUUUUUCUUUGAUCUGGGUGGAAUAAAACAAAAUUUGACUUGUCGA